GCAGGAAAACAUUCAUCAUCCUUCAGCGGGUGCACAGCAAGACAGCGAGGCAUCUUCCACCUGCACCUUUGUGACAACAACGACCGACAAUGUCGUCGUCGAGCGCAUCAUGGUUUGCGGAGAUCUUCACAGAUGACAGGGUGAGGACCCUAUCACACCAAGUCUCCACACUUGGGGACAGGGUGUGGGAGUUGGAGCACAAAAACACCAGGCUGCUUGGCGAGAAGGGUAAACUGGAGAAGCAAUUGGAGGAGACGAAGGCGGCGGUUCAGGCCAUCUCAAGCGAGAAGGAAGAGGUGGAGAGGAGCUUGAAGGGUGAAAAUGAUAAGCUUCGGUUGGAGGUUUUGACCGCGGAGGAAAAAUAUAGCCAGUCUGCAGCAGAGGUUGAGAAGCUUCAGAAGGAAUUAGUUGCAUUGGCAGAGGUGAAAGAGGUAGCUGCAAAGGCAUUUGAUGAUGAGAAAGCAAAAAUGAUGAUGGAAUCUGUGGAUCUUAAGAGUAGGCUAGAGGAAAUCCAGGGUAACAUGGAUAUGAUUAAGAGUGAAAAUGAUAAGCUUCGGUCAGAAGCUUUGGUUGCAGAGCAGAAACUAAACAUAUGUGAAGCAGAGAUUGAGAGGCUUAAGAUGGAAUUGGGUGCAUUGACAGAAGCGAACGAAGCAGCUGCGAAAGCAUUUGACACUCAAAAUGAAGAAAUCACGAAGGAGCUAGAGGAUCUUAAGACAAAGUUGGAGGAAAUCAAAACAAAUAAGGAUCUAGCGGAAAGUGAAAAUGGUAAGCUUCGGUCGGAGCUUUUGUCAGCAGAGGAGAAAUACAGCCAGUCUGAAGCAGAGGUUAAGUAUCUUAAGCAGGUAAUGGGAGCAGUGGUGGAGGCGAAGGAGGCAGCUGCAAAGGCAUUUGCUGCCGAGAAGGAAGACAUUAUGAAAGAAUCAGACAAUCUUAAGAGGAAAGUUAAGGAAAUUCAGGAUAGCAAGCUUUUGGUGGAGAGUGAAAAUGAUGAGCUUCGGUCAGAGAUUUUAAGUAUGAAGCAGAAACAUGGUCAAUUUGAAGUAGAGGUUACUAGCCUCAAGAAGGAGCUGGGAGCACUAGAGGAGGCAAAGGAGAUCACCACAAAGGCAUUUGAGGUUGAGAAGACAGAAAUCCUAAAGGAAUUGGAGGAUCUUAAGAGGAAGGUGGUGGAAAUCCAAACCAACAAGGAUUUAGUGGAGGUAGGGAAUGAUAAACUUCGGUUGGAUGUUUUAUCUGCACAACAGAAACAAAGCAUAUUAGAAGUAGAGGCUAACAAUCUCAAGAUGGAAUUGGGUGCAUUGGUGGAGGCAAAGGAGGUGGCUACGAAGGCAUUCGACGCUGAGAAAGCAAAAAUAACGAAGGAAUUGGAGGAUGUUAAGAGGAAGAUGGAGGAAAUCCAGGUCAAGAAGGAUUUGGUGGAGGGUGAAAAGGAUAAGCUUCGGUUGGAGAUAUUAAUAGCGGAGCAGAAACAUAGCAUGUCUGAAUUGGAGGUUAAAAGGCUCAAGAUGGAACUUGGUGCAUUGGCAGAGGCAAAUGAGACAGCUGUGAAGUCAUUUGAUGCUGAGAAGGAAAAAUUCAUCAGGGAAAUGGGGGACCUCAAGAGGAAGAUAGAGGAAAUCCAGGUCAGCAAGGAAGCUGCUGAGGAAGUAGGGCGCAACAAGAAUGCAGAGGCUGAUAGGCUGAGGGCUGAGUUGGUGAAGAUCCAAGUUUCUUUAUCGCAACUACAAGCAUCCUAUAAUGAACUUGAUGCUAAGCAUUCUCUCCUAAAUGAUGAGAAGAAUUCAGCCCAGAAAGCAUUAGAUGUUGAGAAGGUUGAAGCAUAUAAGCUGAAGUCAAAAUUUGAGGAACUUGAAAAUUAUAAGGCUGAAAAGGAUGAAGAGGCUGGGAAACUGAAGGCGGCAUUGGAGGAAAAGAAAAGUGAGAUUGAUGUCCUCAUCAAGGACAAUGAGUUGCUGCGUCUCGCAAUUGCUGAGGCACAGGAAAAGAAUAAGGGAAGCAUUUUAUCAUGCUUAUCACCAUGCGGCUCCAAAUAAUUAGGUCGGGAAUGUGUUGCAUUAAUAAUGUAAUGGUGAUCAAUUAAUACUAUGCAAUGAAAUAAAACUUUCACUUCCUUUGUUA